GGCAGGGCAGUGGCUGGUUUGCAAACGCAGCUGCUGGCUUGAUUGCACGGUGACCUUGCGGGAAGUACAACGCGUUAGCUUUCCGGUUCAGUUUUCACUUUCUUUCUCUCCUUUUUCCUCCCUCCUUUUCCUCCCCAGCUCCCUUUUCACUUCCUGGGGCUGGCGGAUGGUUGGUGCAGCCUCCCCUGCGAAAGCGGAGCCCGCGUCGGACAUGUUUCCCUUUGCUUAGCCAUGUCGCUUCCCUGGCCAGGGGAGCAGAUGGGAGAGAAGACCGGGCCGCCUUGCCAGAGAGGAGGGGGGGAAAAAAACCCCUCCCAGUCAUCCCUGGCCAUUUCUCCCCCCUUGCUCCGGCCGCGGGCUGCCAUCCUAGCGCAAGCUUGAGAGAAGGGACGAUCCCAAACGCCCCGUUGCCCCGCAGUUGAAUGAGUGGUUUCCCUGCGCCCCCCCCAGCAUCAUCCUCUCUGCCCCCCUGGAUCGGAGCCCCAGGGGCAGCAAAGGCCCCUCUGGGUCUGUGACUGGCGGGGGAGGCGCCGUUAAAGCCCCCCCAGAAAGGAGGCGGCGGCCCGCCACUGCCCUGCGGCCAUGCGGAGCGGCGGGGACGGGCGGCGGGGUCCGGCGCUGCCCCGCUGAGGGAGCGGGUGGGGGGCGGCGGGGCAGAGAGAAGACGCCCGCUGCCAUGGGGGAGCCGCAGGACGCCGGCACCGCAGCCGCAGCUUUUCACCAAAUGCCAGUGGAUUCAAGUUCCCUUUACCAGUCAGCAGUUUCGGUGCUGCAUAACUCGUAUUUGGAUUCCACAUCUCGGAAUGGCUUUCAGUACAGUCGAGUGACUUUGGUGAAUAAUGAUGUAUUUUUAAAGGAGUACAAAACUUUUACCCAGGAAAAGGAAGCGAGUGGCUAUACCAAGGAGGAACUUGAUGAGACCUAUGCAUUUCUUCUGUUUGAUAGUGAAAGCGAGGCAAAAGCGGUGUGUCAGAGUGGACUUCGUAUAAACACCCGAUCCCUUACCACGCUAGGUGAUCCAGCGAAAGGGGCUUAUGUUUCCAAGUACUCAGACUACCUUCAUCCAAGGCCCUGGUAUCAUGGAAAAUCUGGCUGUAUUGUAAUUUUUAAACUUAUUAAGGGAAAGGUCAAGUUUGUGCCAGAGAAUUACACGGCAAAUUACACCAAUCCGACUCCUGGCUAUGACUGCCACAUCUCUGUGAAUAUAAACAAUAUUUCCUUGGAGACUAGUCAUUUUCGGGCCUUCGAAUUGAGUCAGUAUUACGUGUAUGAAUUUUCCAGUGACACUGUUGUUGAACGCCCUAGACAGAUCUGUCCCUAUGUAAUAAUAGCCUUUCAGUACACUGAACCUAAAAUAAUGUCAACAUUAAAUCAUAAAAGAAUAAUUGAACUUGAAAAUAAAGUAUAUUAUUGCCCGUGGAGAGGGCAGCUUUCUAUCCAGGGGCACCUACUGUGUGAUAUAGCCCUUAGGUCCCCAUAUAGUGCUGUGAUUCCAGCACAACUGCCAGCCAAACUGGAAAUGAAAUACAUCAUAGGCGUGUCUGAUUUGAAAAAAAAGCUACCGGAAGCUGCAUUUGGAAAAAGUAAUUACACUGAAAAUGAAGUCUGUUAUCAAGAUAUUUACUUCAGUUUGUAUGAAGUGGAAAUUUCCAAUAAAGACCAACAUAAAAUGGAUCCAUUAUUAGAAAACCUAAAGGAAAAGGAGUUGGCAAUCAUCAAAUAUUUACAAGAUCAAGGGUUUCUUAUUUUACUUACAUCCUCUGCGUUAACAGGUGACAAAGGUUUUGACCUAGAUGAGCCCAUCAGUCUCCAAGCGUUGUUUUUAUUCACUUCCUCUAGAUCAGUAUGUUUGACAGUAAAAAAACAGGAAUUGAACUGUGAAAACAAACUCAACGAGAUCUCUUUAAAAGUAACCUCUGUUUUGCCUGGCCUUCACUAUGCCAUACAGGAAGCGACAGCAUGUCCACCUGAGGCGGGACUCCAUUCCAGCAUUUUGGUGAAGCGGUACUUCCAGAAAUUUGCAAAACUUGCUAAAAAUUCACUUGCAGCUUCUGGCACAAAUGACAAUUUGCCCCUUUCUUGUGAUCCAUCACCAAAUAAGUCUGAAAGUGUUUCUCCUUCUGAAAAAUGCCCGAAACAGUCAUUUUCCCAACUGCAGUCUUACCUUUCUGACCCCAGCAGCUAUUCUUUGGAAAUGUCCGUGGCCUUAGACUGUUUGGCGGGCAAUCCUCAGUCCCUGUGCGGCAUUUCUGACAGAACCUGUGAAGCUGACUUGGCUUUCGUUUUGCCACCGGACUCUGUGCUUCCUGACAUAGCAGCAGAGAUCAGAGUUGAAACUGAAAAACCUAAGAAUAUUCCAGAAUUGAACCAGUUCCAGGAAGAUACCAAGGUGGAAAUGAACCCAGCAGCUAAUCUGAAGAUGCAGCAGAAUAAGAGGAAAUCCAACAGAGCCAUUGUCAGCAGCACAAAGAAGAAAUGGGCCCCUUUGAAAAUUCUUUCUGUGGUGGACAGCAACAGAAAAGGGACCAAAAAGAAAAGGAUGAAUGUUUCUUUUCCUUUUCCCAAAAAACAAGGACUCACAACAAAUUCUAAUGAACCCACACUUAAAUUAGCAAAUUUGCAGUUUCCACAUAAAAGGAAAAGAGGUGCUGAGGUACUGUCUGCAGAAUUUGUACACAGAACACAAUCUGAGCCUACAACUAAAGGAACGUCUUCGCCUGAAGAUACUAGCUUGGCUACCAAGAAACCAAGGAAACUUAAGCAACCAGAUGCAAAAAAUGAUCAGAUUUCUGAGCAAGUCGCAAAGCAAACAAAAAGUAAGACCAUAAAAACCAUACCUAAAGGGAGCUGUAAGCCUAAAGCCAUACAGCAAUUGGAACCUGUAAAGAAAGAGACUUUGUCACUGUCAUCAAAUGAAGUUCCAUCAGAAAGUCAAGGGACAGUCAGUGGCGUAAAUGAGACUUACACACACAGUGUUACUGCUCAAGAUGUCAACCUGACUCUGAAAGGAAGUAACUGUGAAUCGCAUGGGUUGAAUUUGUUGGCUGAUCUAGCUCUGAGCUCUUGCAUUCCUCCACUUGAUCAUAAAGAUAGUAGAGUUGCCUCUCCUUAUGACCUGUCAAAAGAGCGACGCUCUCUUCGGAAAAGGAAGCCUUCGCGAAUUGCUUCAGAUCAUGAAUACCACAGGGUGGAUAAACAUCUAAAGGGAGGAUCCUCUUCUAGCCAAACAGAGAAUCAGAAACUUUCUUCUCCUGCAAAAUCUGAUUUAAGAAAAGACUUAGCUGCUAUCCCAAGAGAUAAAAGCCCUGUAAUUUCCAGCAAGAAGAACUGCACAAGCCCUAACUCUGCCAAAGCCCGGCCAUUGCUUUCCAAGGAGGUGCUAGAUACUUCAGAUGUGAACAAGCAUUCUUCUAUUGCCUCUGAGCACUCUUAUGCCUCACAGAUAUCAGAACAUUCUAAAAAAAGCGCCCUCCCAAAAGGAGCACAGGGCCCUGCUGCCUUCAGAAAUGGAGCUAAAAGUGCUAAAUCGAGUCCUCUAGUUGGGAAAGUUCUGCCUUUCCGGCAUCAGCAGAACAAUACUCAUACGCAGAAGCCAUUUGACGACUUGGUGGUAAAACGCAGAAGAGGUGCCCUUUCUUCCAGGUUGAAGGAAGACUUCUCCAAGUCUCACACAGUGAAGAGCUGUGAUGGAUCUGUUAAGGUGACAUGUCAAUGGGAAGCUGAAUACCUCUUCAAUUUAGAUAGCAAAUACACCAACAAUUCUUUAGAGAAAACUGUAAUUCGUGCUCUGCAUGGGCCCUGGGACCCUGGUAUGCCCGAUGAUGUGGAAGAAAUGAAGCUUAUACUUCAUAUGUGGGUAGCUCUGUUUUAUAGCAAACCAAACAAAUUCCUAAGCAGUACAAGGAAGGUGGUAGAACACAGUAACCCUGAAAAAUAUGUAUCCAUAAACAGUAGUCUGGAUGCUUUUGAAUUAAGUGAUGAUUGUGAAGGCGCUUUUGAUCUAGAAAAGUGCCCUGCAGACUCUCAAUCUGAGGCCAAUCAGACUUCCAGCACUACUCUGGAAUUAAGUGAUGACUGUGAAGGAGCUUUCGGCUUGGAAAAAUGUCCUGCAGAUUCUCAGUCUGAGGUCAAUCAAGUUUCCAGCACUGUCCAUAGCACAGUAUCCUAUUCCUCUGAGCAAUUGCUUUCUUGUGAUGAACCAUCAUCCACGAGUUGUAUAAAGACCUUUUCAAACAAUGACUGCAGUGAUCCCAGCAGCCCACCUUUGAAAGAUGGACCACAAGAGGUGAUUAUUGAUGGAUGCGUAGAUAUUGUCCAUGCAUUCAAUAAGGUUGAUGAAGAGAAGAGUGAAAGAGAGGAAUUGCUGGACCCUGUAAUUUCUAUCAGUAACUCUACUUGCAGCCCUUCUGGUAAACCCAGCAAUAUAAGGAUAAGACCUGAAGAAUUUUCCACUGAUGACUCAGAUGAAGCACAUCAAGCCCUUGAUUUAAGUAAAGUUUCACAGAGUGACUCUGCAUUUUCGCAGACUGAAUUUCCAGAGAAGCAGGAAAAUAAACAGCCAGCGAUUAUUAGUGAUGAUACUGUCAUUUCUGAGGAAAGAAAGACACUGGACAACAUCACUCUCUCUGCAGAGGACAAAGACAAUUGCCAGGCUGGUGGUGAUGGAUCACUACAUCUCUGUGAAGCAAUAGAGUUAGAAGUGAAUAUGAAGAGCACAAAACAUGAUAGCCCAUGUGAAAAAGGGAGAGAAUCGUAUGAUCCAUUAGAAAACCAGGGAGAAGAGGAGGAGGAGGAAGAUUUUGACUAUGAAAGUAUAAAUGUAGAACCAAUUGAUUUAGCACUUUCUGAAAGUAAUGAUGCUGAUCUGGAACAUGAAGAUAUGGACCAGGAUCCAAUCAAUGUAGUACUUCCUAAGGAAAUUUGCAUACCUGAAGAGAGCAAAGCAAUCAGUCCAGUUGACUUGGAAGAACCCUUUGAUAGUGUAUUAACGCUAACAUUAUCACCUGGUGCAAGUCCUGUCCAGGAUGUACCUUCUGAUGAAAUAACACAAUCUGAAGAUGCACUUCCAAAGAACCAAGAGGUCACUGUCAAACCAGCUGAAGAAAUUAAUGAUGCAGAUCUGGAACAUGAAGAUAUGGACCAGGAUCCAAUCAAUGUAGUACUUCCUAAGGAAAUUUGCAUACCUGAAGAGAGCAAAGCAAUCAGUCCAGUUGACUUGGAAGAACCCUUUGAUAGUGUAUUAACGCUAACAUUAUCACCUGGUGCAAGUCCUGUCCAGGACGUACCUUCUGAUGAAAUAACACAAUCUGAAGAUGCACUUCCAAAGAACCAAGAGGUCACUGUCAAACCAGCUGAAGAAAUUAAUGAUGCAGAUAUGGAAUAUGAAGAUAUGGACCAGGAUCCAAUCAAUGUAGUACUUCCUAAGGAAAUUUGCAUACCUGAAGAGAGCAAAGCAAUCAGUCCAGUUGACUUGGAAGAACCCUUUGAUAGUGUAUUAACGCUAACAUUAUCACCUAGUGCAAGUCCUGUCCAGGACGUACCUUCUGAUGAAAUAACACAAUCUGAAGAUGCACUUCCAAAGAACCAAGAGGUCACUGUCAAACCAGCUGAAGAAAUUAAUGAUGCAGAUCUGGAACAUGAAGAUAUGGACCAGGAUCCAAUCAAUGUAGUACUUCCUAAGGAAAUUUGCAUACCUGAAGAGAGCAAAGCAAUCAGUCCAAUUGACUUGGAAGAACCCUUUGAUAGUGUAUUAACGCUAACAUUAUCACCUAGUGCAAGUCCUGUCCAGGACGUACCUUCUGAUGAAAUAACACAAUCUGAAGAUGCACUUCCAGAGAACCAAGAGGUCACUGUCAAACCAGCUGAAGAAAUUAAUGAUGCAGAUCUGGAACAUGAAGAUAUGGACCAGGAUCCAAUCAAUGUAGUACUUCCUAAGGAAAUUUGCAUACCUGAAGAGAGCAAAGCAAUCAGUCCAAUUGACUUGGAAGAACCCUUUGAUAGUGUAUUAACUCUAACAUUAUCACCUGGUGCAAGUCCUGUCCAGGACGUACCUUCUGAUGAAAUAACACAGUCUGCAGAUGCACUUCCUGAGAACCAAGAAAUCACUGUCCAACCAGCUGAAGAAAUUAAGUCAUCAGCACAAAGUGAUUCAGUAGAGGACAGCUGCAUUUCUCAGGAAGACAGCGGAACUGGUUCUGCCAAUUACACUUCUCCGACUAUUAAAGAAUCAAAUCAAGUACAAAGCAAUACAGCAACUCAAGGAGAGCAAAAGAGCCCUUCUACUGACACAACAGAGCUGCUGAACAAAUCUUCAGAAGCAAGUGAAAGCCCAUGCUUAGUCUUUGAAAAUACACACUUGGAAGCUGACUCUGAAGCCAAGAAAAGCUGUGACAAAUUUAAGAAUACUGAAGUCUGUUCUGUUACUAAAAAGUCACCAUGUAAUGAUGAAUUAAACCAGGUAACUAUGGUUAUUACACAUGGAGAACAUGAGACCUCUCUUUGCAAAUUGGUAGAAUCGGCUUGUAUCUUAUCAGUGGAUAACGAAAAAUCUUUUGCUAAAGAACAUUUGGACUUGAAACAAAUUAAUUUUGUAAACCAUCAGUAUACGCACAGUCUUAUUUUGAGUGAAGAAGAGACAAGUCCAACUGACAAGUCCACUCACACUGACCCAGAAUUGAUGAUUGGCACUCCUUUUCAGCAGCAUAGCAGCCCUAUUAGCAGAGAGACUGAACUGCACAAAAGUAUAUUAGAGCCAAGUGAGCAUGAUCCAGUGCUUUGCAAAAAUAUGAAUUCUGACCACACUGAUCAAAUAGAUGUUACGAAAAUAUGCUCCAUCUCUGAGAGUCUAACACCCUUGUCUGCUGGGGAUGACUCCUCAAGUUCUUGUUAUACUGAACGACCAAAGAAAGACAAAUUUCUAGAACACGAAACACCUGUAGUUAAAGUAGCAGACUUACUGGGGAGUGAGGAAGAGAUUUCUCCAACUGACAAGCCCACUUGUACUAACCCAGAAUUGUUGACUGGUGUUGCUUUUCAGCAGCAUAGUAUCCCCAUCAGCCGAGAGACAGAUGUGCACACUAAUUUAUUAAAGCAAAGUGAGAAGAAUCCAAUAUUUUCCAAAAGUAUGAAUUCUGACCGCACUGAUCAAAUAGAUGUGAUGGAGAUGCCUUCUACAGCAGAAGAAGCUUUCUCAGGUUCCUGUUACACAGAAUGGGCAAAAAAAGACAUGUUUUUAGAGCAUAAAAUCCCUGUCGGCAAAGUAGCAGACUUACUAGAGAAUGAUGACAAAGAAGAACCCACAUCACGUGAGGAAUUUGAUCUAGGAAGGACUAGCCCUGCUGCGAGCACUCCAUCUAUUUUAGAAGAGGAGGAGGAACAGUUCGCAGAAGCAUGUGACCAGAGCUCUGUUUGUGAAAUAACAGAACUGCAGAGUGAUUGUAUGAUGGAAGAAUCUAAUAUGUUUGCUGAUUUACAUCAAACCAACUUAGAUGACACUAGGGAAGAAAUCCCUGUUUCCUCUGUUCAAAUGCCUACAACAUUAUAUGCACACGCAGACUCUAGAGAGACUCUAGAAGUUAGUGAUACUGAGGAUAUUUUGGAGAAACAUUUGGCCAACCCAGGUACAAAAUUCCCUAACAAAGGUAGAGGUGUGCAUUUGACCUUUGAAAGUUUAUCGUCUGAGUCUUUUUCUGGAGACUCUGACCAGGAGUACUUUGGAGGUACUGUACAUCCCACAGUUAAAUUUAGGGGUUCUUGUGGCACAAGACCCAUUGGUACUAUCCGCGCAACAACCGUUACAAGGACUAAUUAUGAUUGUUCAUGUAGAAGCUCAGCGAAUGAAAAUUGGAAGAGUGAUGACUGGGACUCCUUGGAAGCAGGCAAAAGAUUUUCAGUGGCUGAGUCAGGCUGGCCCGUUGGGUUUAGGGAAGAUGCUAGGUAUGUGCCCCCUUUUGUCAAUAUUAAAGAUGAUCAGGGCACCGUGAGGGAUUAUACAAACUUUAUUGUUACCAAAAAACACAAAGACAAAACUAGACCUUUACAAUCUUCAAAGAGACAUGACCAUUUUGUGGAACGAUCUGACUUAAUAAGCUCAUUGACUAGGACCUGGAAGGUUAUUGAUGAUCUUACCCAGAACACUUUAGAUAUGGAAUGUCUGCGUUUCAGUUAUAAGCUAAAACAAGUAAUAAAGAGCCAGAAAUCACGACUUUCUACCUCCAGUUGUAUCUUUCCAAAAGAGAUUUCUGCCCAGGUAAUGGCUGAGACUUUGCCCCUGAGAGAGGCUCCUGAAGCCCCUAGUCUAAAUUCACCAUGCAGGAGUAGGAGCCCCCUUCUGGUAACAGUUGUGCGUUCAGAUUCAAGGCAGCGUAGCUCAAGUUGGCACCCGAGAAACGAUAUAUACACAGAUUUUGCUGAACCACCUCUCUUUGUCCCAUGGCAGGAUAAAUUUAUCAGUGAAAGAAAUGCGGCAAAAGUCAAAAGCCAGGGCCGUGACUAUGGUAUUCCUUUACAUCUCAGCAAGUUAAAAUACGAUGAUAAACUAAAAGAAUCCCGGGGGGAUAUUUCGGUCAUUCUAAAUGAAUAUGCUGAGUUCAGCAGGGUGAUCUUGAACAAUAUACAUGCGGGGAACAAAGGAAGAGGUCAGCGCGUUACCCCAGAAGAGUGUGCAGGCAAAAGGAAAAAAUGCACACAUUUCCCCAAAAGAACCGCCUCCUAUGAGAACAUGAUUAGUGACUUAUGCAACACUCUGCACUACCGACUGAAAAGUGUUGUUAAAGACGCUUGCAAAAAUGCGUGUAUGUUCUACCUAGUUGAAACAGAAGAUGACCCUUUCUUUGUGAGAAUGAAGAGCUUAUUGAAGAAAGGUGGCCAUGCUGAAAUUGAACCUCUGAAUUUCUGUAAAACACAACACCUGGAGACAGACAGACUGAUUGUCAUUAUUAGAAAUGAGGACAUAUCUUUGCAUAUUCAUAAAAUCCCUUCCUUGCUGAGAUUAAAGCAUUGCCCAAAUGUAACCUUUGCUGGAGUGGACAGCCCAGAGGACGUAACUGAUCACACUUAUCAGGAGCUGUUUCACAUGGGGGGGUUUGUGGUCUCUGAUGAUGAAGUGUUAGAAACUGUAACUUUAGGUCAGCUGAAGGAAAUAGUUAAAACACUGGAAAAGCUGAACAGUCAUGGAAAGUGGAAAUGGCUGCUUCACUACAAAGAAAGUAAAAAACUAAAAGAAGACAUAAGGGUGGAUUCUACUGCGCACAAAAAGAACUGGAUACUGAAAUCGUGCCAAGAAGCUAAUACUGUUGAAGUUCUUCAUUACCAUCAGUGCGACUCCAAAUCAUGCACAAAAUCUGAGCAUCUGAAGUGCUUAUUAAACUUGCAGGUUCAGCACAUCAGUGCUAGGUUUGCUGUGUAUCUCACAGAUAAGCCCAGUGUCAGCAGAGAGGUCUUUGAAAGCAAAGGGAUCCUAGUCACUGAUGUAAAUAACUUCACUGGAACUGUGCAAAACGUGGUUGUCCCAUUUCAAAGCAGCUAUUGGUGAUGAAAUUCAAGGACAGCAGCGGUGGUUCCAGUGACAAAGAAUGAAGCUUUUGUUAAAAUAGUUUAGAUAAAAGGUAACUUGUUCGGGUUCUGCUGUUACAGCCUAAAGCUCUAGGCGCAGAAGGCAGAGGUAGUAGAUUUCCCUUUUUUAGUAGAAUGUUAAUUAUUUAAGGAUAGCCAAUGAGUCUUAGUAGAGGAACAGAUGCACCCUACUCCAGCUGCAUAGGAAGAGAACUAUUUUAAUGUAUACAGUAUUUUAAAUUAUUUGUUUUCUGAAGUUAGUCCAGCUACAUAUGGAAACUAGGGGAAGUGCAGUUUACUUGAAGCUUAGGAGAGAUGUUAGUCCAUUUUAGCAAGUGCUUUUUAUAAAUGCGUGUUUAUGUAAAUAAGGUACACAACAUGCAUGUGGUAUAUGAGCAGCAGGAGUUUUGUACAUUUUCAGCGUGUUCAAGAUUACUCCAGCUCACUAAGUCUGCAAUUGGUCAAUCAACACUACAUUAAGUUCUCACUGGUUUUCUGAUGGUACCAUUUCCAUUUGACUUGUGGGACUCCUGUUUUCCACUAGAUGGAACUCUUGUAAAUAGCAGAACGUCAGGCUUCUGGAACAAAAAUCAUAUUUAUGGUCUUCUAAAAAAAAUUAAUAGACUUUGAAAGGAAACUGCAGCAGUCAAGCGACAUUUGUAAGAUACUUACGGUAUCUACUGGGAAGUGUUUUGUAACUAAUCAUUUUUUUAAAAUAAAGCAGACUAAAAUAAAGCUGUCGUGUACAGGAGGACUUUGUAUAAUGUUUGACAAAUAAAACAAGACAAUUCAAAGUCUC